GGCAUCACCUAAUGGUCUUCCGCACAUAUCGUUCCUCUCCGAUUUUCUCCUUCUAUAAAAUGCGAUAGCGAUGCACAGAUGGACCAUUCUUAAAAUCUCCUCUCAAACUAACUUGAAGAUGCGACCCAUGUUUCACGUACGACGUAACCGUUCAGCGUUUCCCCCAGGCGGGGUCAAUGCACCAGUAUCGAGACCACUUUUACCUCGUCUGCCUGUGCCAGACUUACGGAAAACACUCGAUAAAUAUCUGAAAUCUCUGGAACCUUUUCUGCAGGAGGAAGCUGCUCGUGAAGGGAAACCUUUCAAGGACGCGUUUGCCCUUCGCGUCAAAUGGGCCGACGACUUAUUUUCCGGGAUCGGGAAGGUUUGCCAAGAGCGGCUUGUUGAGCUAGACCGACACUCACCCAGCAAUUGGUUAGAUGACAAUUUUUGGCUCAAAACCUAUUUAGAAUGGAGAGCACCCCUGCUUAUAAACUCGAACUGGUGGCUUGCCCUUCACGACGAUGAUCAAUAUACACCUCCUGCCGUCGUUGGGACGGGCCAUACCGAAUGGCAGAUGCAGCGGGCAGCAUGGUUGGUUCACCGCACACUAGAGUUCAAAGACAAACAAGAAUGUUAUCCAGACGCUACACGUACCGGUAUCUGGUUACAGGAGAAUCUGGCCAAGAUGUUCAAUCUGGCUCGUAUACCCAAACAUAAUUGUGAUAUCCUUUCACCCAUAGCUCCAAUUUCCGAUCCUUCUGCUCAAAGCAUCACCGUUGUCGUAAACGACUGGUUCUACUCGCUACGUGUAUAUGAACCACAGUCGACCACGAAGAAUCCAGUCCUGUGCCGCCCGGAAGUGAUUCUUACCAGGCUCCAUGCUAUCGUCAACGACGCCCGUACCAGACCUGGAACUGCUCCUCCAAUCGGAGUUCUAUCUUCGGAUGAUAGAGACUCCUGGGCCUCGAAUUUGGAUCACCUAUUCUCCCUCUCCCAAAAAAACCGCGAUACUCAUCGUGCGAUAGUCAGUUCUGUCAUGUCUCUCUCUCUGGAUUCUGAGACCUACACAAUCUUGUCAAAUUCCUUGAGCACGCUGCCUCCUCCUUCCAGGACAACUCAGCAAGGUUUAGACUCACACCUCCACUUCAUCCGCUCAGUACCCUCCAACGUCUCCAAUCGUUUCUUUGACAAACCUUAUACCUUGAUCGUUGAUCCCUCUGGCCGAGCAGGUAUAAUGGGGGAACAUUCUUUUUGUGACGCUUUGAUACCAAGUAUGGUCGCUGAAUUCUCCAUCGUCCAAGGUGUUGAUCAGGAUUUUAUAUCAAGUCAGUCACAAAGCCAACCGUUAUCGGUUUCAGGAUGGGCACGACUAGAUUGGGAAAUCGAUUUUGAAAUUUCAUCAGCCUGCGAGAAAGCUCGCACGAAUGCCGUGAAGCUGAUUGAAAACUCGGAUAAUAGUGUGUUGUGGUUUGAGCACUACGGUUCCGAUUGGAUCAAAGGUCAAGCGGAACUAAGCCCAGACGCCUAUGUCCAAAUUGCACUCCAGCUCGCUUGGUAUCGGACUCGCGGUACCUUCACUGCAACGUAUGAAACAGCAUUGACCAGAAUGUUUGACAAAGGUCGGACAGAAACGAUAAGAACGCUUUCAACCGAUAGCCGAGCUUUCGUUUUAGCGAUGGACGAUUCCCUUGUCAAUACAGAAUCGAAAUACGUUCUCUUAAAACGCGCGAUCCAGACGCAUACUAGGUUGACGCGGGAGGCAGCUACAGGACGAGGGAUUGAUCGCCACUUGCUCGGACUACAGAACAUGUUGCGAGGAGGUGAACGUGCGGAACUGUUCGACGAUGUGUUAUUCAGUCGUAGCCAGGAAUGGCGUUUAAGUACAAGUGGACUGAGUGCUGGCCAUUUCUUUCGUGGGACUGGGUAAUGAGUCUCCCUUUUCGGGGACUUGCAACUGCUAACGAUCUAUCUAUUUUAGAUUUGGCGCUGCUUAUGAGGAUGGUUAUGGUAUCAAUUGUGAGUCGCUCACUCGAUUUCACCCGAUCACAUCACAACUUUUAACUUGCUUCGAUUUCGUACAAGACCUUGUUGCACCUGAGAUGGUCAAGUUCGGUAUCGAGUCCAAAAACUCCAGUCCUUAUACAUCUACGGAAAGAUUCAAGAUUGCAAUAUUCAGAGCUAUGACAGACAUACAAUCAAUAUGCUCGGCGAAUCUCAAGCCAUCUAGCAAGCUAUAGCAUACUUACAUGAUAGUGUAAUGAACGGUGGUUCAAAUAACAGCACAUAGUAAAUGUUCAAUACUCCCCACUAGUCACCUGCACAAGAGAUUAAAAAGACUUGGGCAC